AUGGCACCAGAUUGGUCCAAGCCAUUUAAGAUCAUGUGUCACGCAAGUGGUGUUGCCCUUGGAGCUGAUUUGGGGCAAAAGAGGGGCAAAUUGUUUCAUGCAAUCAAUUAUGCUAACAAAGCUCUGAAUGGAGCUACAAAAAACUACACUGUCACCCAACAGGAAAUCCUUGGUGUAGUGUAUGCUUUUGAGAAAUUUAGAGCUUAUCUUCUUGGAACCAAGGUCGAAAUAGUUGCCUUGUUUGAUAAUGAAGGGAAGAGAGUUGUUGCGUUUCUUAAGAAACAAAAUAAAAGAGAGGCUCUUAUACUCUCCCAGUCUGAGGAGGAGAGUGAGAGUACCUCAAGCAGUACAAGUUCAAGCCCUGAUAAAGCCACUGUUGUUGCAACUCAACCAUCGCCUGUAGAGGGUAAUACUAAAACUGUAAACGUGGAGGAUCAAAUGGAAGUUCGUGAUGUUGUAGCUGAACUGGAGGGUGAUAAUUUUAUUAGGUAG